AUGGCUUCUGGAAGACUAAUCAAGCUCGUGAUUUUCGAGCUUCUGGAGUUUGCUGCUUUCUCCAUUCCCACGCUCGUGAUUAUGGAGCAGUUUGCCACUGCCUACCAGAGGACCAGGAAUGCGUCUGAGAAAACACAUUACUGGCUGAUUGUUUCCUGCUCUAUCGCCUAUGUCGCUGUAGUGAGUCUUUUGAUUUGGGUUCCCGUAAAAGUUCUCUUACACAAGAAACGUCAUCUUUACAAAAAAAUUAAAGGAUGGAGACCUGUUAUGAUGAUGUGUGUAGUACUCACCACACUUCCCAGCUUCAUCUUUUCUAUAGCAGUAACUGAGGUUCAGAAGACCAUUAAUACUACCGUUGAUGUAUUACCAGAUACCUUGCCUGACCUGCCAGUAUCUCUGGUUAUUUCAUCCUUGAUCAUCACUGAUAUUAUUGAAAAACUCAGGUUUCAUCCUAUUAGAGGGUAUCAAAAGAGUAACGAAGAUAAACACAUCCACACGUCCUCUUUGCAACAAGUAAGAACUGUGACGGAACAAGUGAGGCAAAAUGGAGAGAACGCUGCCUCUCCCGGCGCAGCCAGCCCCUCUGAGACGUGGCAGCCCCCAGGGGCACUGACACACAGUGCCGUCCCCAUGUUCGCUGGGCCCCAGGAGCCUUUCUUUGGCUCCGGAAUCCUGAAGACAAUGUCCCGGCGAGAUGUCCGGGCCGAGAUAUUCCUCUGGAGCUUUCUGCUGUGGUCUGACACAAUAGAGAUGGUGCGAGUGGCCGGUCACCCUAACGUGUACAAGACAAACUGGCUGUAUCCAGUCUACUUAUUCAGUUUCAUUUCUCUCCUUCGCAUUAUAUUCACCCCCCAAAAUCCUCUUCUCAGUUGUCUGGGCAUCCUGCUGCAGGAUUUACCCUUUGUGUUUGUCAGGCUCAGUUUGAUCAUUGCCCUGGGGACAAUCACACCUGUCCUCGGCCUUUGUAAAAACGUGCUGGUGACUCUCUCUUAUGUUUACUUCAAUUUCUUAACCAGAUUCAGGGCUUUCUCUAACUUUGAGUUGUCUCCAUUUUAA